UUAGAAAAAUGCAAUAUUAUUCUAAAACAGAGUCCCAUGAUUUUGAGAAAAGCAAUCCUACUCAAGACAUAGGUAUAGGAGGAGAUACGCAGCUCAACAAACUUAGUCCAGGAAGGACAAAGGAUAUUACAAAGAGCUCUCCUUUCAACCCUUUUGAUAAAAAGACUCACAAAAGUCCUAAUCCAAAGCCUAACGGAUCGUUAAAAAUGAGCGGAAGUAACCCUCAAUAUGACCAAAAGAAUAAUAAAUUCAGUAUGAGCAAGCCUGGGCGCUCUGCCAAUUCAAAUUUAAAAAAUUUCAAUAACUCAAUCAAGCAGACUGGCAAAAGGAAGGGGUACUCAAAGCCCAGAACAGGUCACAAACCCUUUCCUGGUUCAAAGAGAGGAACCACACAAAGCUUCUUGAGCCAGUCUAUGGCUUAUAGUACUGGAAAACUAUACCAAGCACAUACAAAUCCUCAGACAACCAUUAAAAUAGAAAUAGAGAGAGCUAAGGAGACUCUCAAGAAGACUACAGAGAUCCGUGAUCAUGCUGAUACCUGAGACGACGAGGAGGAUCAGCUAAUAGUCCUGUCUCAAGAGAACCUCGCUCUGAAAGAAACUCUCAAAAAUCUCAAUAAUAGCCUAACAGGUUAUAUAGAGGUGAUGAAGGAUUACAAGAUUAAGAAAAUGGGUCGCAAAUAAAUAUGGUAUUGAAAAUCUAUCCGUUGACUAUAAGUUAAAAGUUAACGAGGCUGAAAAUACGAAUUACCAGAAAAUCAUAGGAAAUCUCACUCAACAACAUGAGAAAUUGAAGGAGCGCCUUGCAGUGAUAGGCGAUCUGAGCUACUCUAUGGAUCUAAAGAAACAAAUCUCUGAUAAAUAAAAAGGAAAUCAAGCAAUUUGAGGAGGAAGAACGCGAACUCUAUGACAAAUAAAUAUAACAAAGACCGGGAAGCGAAUAAAAUUAUCCAAAAGGGCGAGAAAGAUUCCGUCCUUGAGAUGAAAAAGAAAGGUAAAGAAAUGAGCAUCCUUUAUGAAAAAUUGGAUAAGCUAAAUGCACAAUUGGAGUUCAAGCAACGCACCAAAAGUGAGCAGGCUGAUGCAUAUGCAGAGACUAAGCAGAAGUUAGAGCAACUGGAGACCAAAGCUAAUGCAAAAGGGAUUUACCUAGAUGAAAUAGAGCAAAUAGAAGAUCCAGCCAGUAAAAUUGAAAAAGAUCCCCAGACUUAUGCUCGCAAGGAGAAGAUCCUCAAGCAAGCAAUGGAAGCUGAUAAGGAUAUAUAUGCGAGAAAGUUAUUCAAACACAAGACUAAGCUAGCUGAACUCCUGGAAGAAAGAAAUGAUAUUAUCAACAGAAUCAAAGAGAGACAAAACAAGACUAUAGAGAUUCGUGAGAAGGCUAACGAGUUGAUGAUCAAGUCAAAAUUUAUCACAGAGAAAGAUGCAGAAAGAACCCUACAGGAAUCCAUAAAAAGUAUUCAAGAUCUCCCCGAAGAAUUGGAUAUUAAGAAGAAUAAAAUGAUGAACAAGCUAGAUGCUAUUAUUAAGAGUACAAGAAAGAAAAACAGGGUAGCGAGGUCUACUACCAAAAAGAUUAAUUCUCCAGAGCCACAGAUCCCCUCCACCAAAAACGCGUUUGCACUUAGGCAAAAAGGGCAGUUAAGUAAUGUGAAUCAUGAAACGAAGAAUAGAAUUAAUGCAGAAAAAUCAAACUCUAAGCCAUUCGGUUCUAAUGCAUCUAAGCCAUUUGGAAAUAAAUCUUCCAAUAAGCCGAACUUUAUGGGAGGGAAGAAAACAGAGCUCUCGAAUAUGAGAAAUGCACUAUAGCUUACAGAGUCCAUCACAAAAAUAUGUGAUUUUGAUAUUUUUUCA